AUGUCUAGCAUGUCUAACACUUUCGAUAUGAUCUGUUUGAUUUUCAUCACUAUAUUCGUUCCCCCUCUUGGCGUCUUUUUGAUUGCAGGCUGUGGGGUUGACUUCUGGAUCAACGUCUUGCUGACAUGUCUCGGCUACUUCCCCGGACACAUCCAUGCCUUUUACGUAGAAUACGUCUACUACCAACGGCAAAAUCGCGAUCCACUUACUCGCGCCUCUCAACGGCCCGCACCUGGCGUCUACUCCGAUCGCGUCCAGAAUGGAGGCUAUAAUCCCGCACCCGCAGGCCAGACCUACGGUACCAUCUGA